CGAAGCCGGUUCAUAAACUCAAGUUCAGGGCGUAAAAUCUCAUUAUCGUUCCGUACUCGUACCGCGACGGGUGUGUUUCCGGAUCGGAUUUGUGUCCUUUGGAGAAAUUAUCGCUUCGGGUUGGUUGUAAAAAAACCUGGCUCCUUACUGCAAGUGUCGACAGCUUUGGUGUCGCUGUGUUAAUGUUGUGCAUGUUUGGCCCGUAGAAGAAGACAAUUUUUUUGUCACUCAAGUUGGCUUAUUUUGCCUGGAAGAGACUCUCCUGGAUGGUCAGAUGAAUGGGCGGAAAAAUUGAAGGGGCGUUGAAGAUACGGUUUCUUACUGUGACUAGCAGAACCUAGGAGGGUGGUGUGAAUAUUUGCAUUUUGUCUUAGGAAAAAUAAAUGAAAGCGAUGCUGCAAAAAGCUGAAGAAAACUGUGCUCCUUGCUGAUAAUUAUUUUCUUCGUUGCGAAGAAAAGUGAAAACUGGAGUAGCAUCACUUUCCCGUUCAGUUGUCAUCGUCCCCGACGGUGGCCUUCGCCGUGUUCGCGUCUACCGUAUGGAACUAUAACGAUUUUGCAGCGUCAGUCAGUCGAAUUACGAAACCCGAUUGUGUGAGAAUAUGUACGUAUGAGAAGCAUGUUAUCAGUGAAAGAAGAAAACGGAAAAAGAGAAUUUCAAUCAAACAUUGGGUAGAUAGCAAUUGGCGUAGAGGAAAGCGCUUUGGUGGCGUCAAUAGGGACAAUUGUGAACAGAAACGCAUAACAUACCAAAACGAAGAGUUCAAAUCAGCGACCACCUUGGAAACCUGGUUGUGGCUGUUUCUAAACCUAGAUUUACGAUAUAUACGAUGAGCGAUAUAAAGAGAUUAAGAAAGAUAUCACCACGACCACGGUGAGUGAAGAAAAUUAAAAAUAAAAUCACAAAAAGGUUAAUUAAGUGUGCAAUUAUGACAGACGAGUGAAGUGGAAGUGAUGAAAUUAAUUACUGUUUUGUUGUCGCCUUCGUAACUGCUGUUGGAACAUCGUAUGUUUGUGGUUUAAGACGCAAGCUAUACAAAUAUUUAGCUGCAGCUUGCGGGCAAAGGCAGGCGAAAAACAAAUGUAAGAAAAUUGAAAAAUAAGACAUAUUGCGUUUCCACCAUCGUUCAGCAGACGCGACGAAGUCAUUUCCCAUAGCGUUGGAACAAGGAUCAGUUGACAGCGGAGUCAUGCGGCACGAAUGGGAGAUUAACUGUGAGUAUUGGGUUGACCCAAAAAUGGACAAAUUGUGUUAGACGUCCUCCGCCCGACCAAGCCCCUAACAGCUUUCGGGUCUCGUUUCGUCCUCAUUGAGUCACGCCCGUGUGAGCUGUGUUUGUCUUAUCAAGCUCGGAGCUAGGCAAACAAAUUGCUGGAAGAAUAUACCUCGAACCAGGUGUCAUCCACUACCGAGUCCAUUUACCGUCAGGCGAAACGACCAUCCGAGUAUAGGAAAAGGACACACUCUAUAAAACUCAACGGCCGACCCUGACGACCAUAUGGCCACCAGGAAAGUAAUCCUUCAUCAUCGCCGUUGACUGUUAUUUCCCCCUGCCUUACACCGUACCCGUAUCCGGCUCAAAGAAACUACCCGGAACGAUAGUGACUGGGAUAUGUGCGGUAUAAUCGCCACCACCAACAUCAUCGUAGCCGCCAGCCAACCUGGGCUCGUCAGCAGCACUCGAUUCAAUUGAGUUUUUUCCCCAGUAGUGCUAUCAUGUGUCACGAAGCCCCUUAGUUAGUGUUUUUAGCGUAGCGAGAAAAAAAGUGUUAUGUUUGUGUUGACACAGGACCUGCUAUAGCGUUUUAUAAAUGGAAGACUUAUUGAAAUUUCGACAACACCGCAACGUGUGAUAAUCGUGUCACGAUUUAUCGAAAACAGAACCCACACGAUGGAUAGUAAUCUGACGUACUUCCUGACCGGAGGUGGCUUGUUUGGAGACAACUCCUCACUGGACGAGUUUGUACUGAGUGGUUCAGAUGGAGGAGGAUUGGAAGGAUCGAACGAAACUUUUUUUCAUAGCAACUUCACCUGUCCUCCGACGAGUAUGCCAAUAACAUACACAAUUUUCAUGAUUUUGUACGCUGUCGUGUGUCUGAUCGGUGUGAUGGGCAAUACUUUGGUAAUCUAUGUGGUGCUGAGGUUCUCCAACAUGCAAACGGUGACCAACAUGUACAUUUUGAAUCUGGCCAUUGCGGACGAGUGUUUCCUGAUUGGAAUACCAUUCCUAAUCGCCACGAUGCACAUGCGGCGCUGGGUUUUCAGUGGAGCCAUGUGCAAGGCUUACAUGGUCAGCACAUCGAUUACACAGUUUACUUCGUCAAUAUUUCUGUUCAUCAUGUCUGCCGACCGGUAUAUUGCCAUUUGUCACCAUAUCUCGUCACCGAAAUACCGGACGCCGCUGGUAUCACGUGUAGUCUCUGCGUUGGCCUGGCUUGCCUCAGCCAUAAUCAUGCUACCAAUAAUGAUAUAUGGUAACAGUGUAGAGAUACAGCCCAACACAUUUUCCUGCCAAAUUGUGUGGCCAGAAUCACAUGAACACUUGCCAGGCACCACUUUUACCCUUUACUCCCUGAUCCUAGGUUUUGUAAUUCCUCUCUGCUUCAUCAUGACCUUCUACUGUCUAGUGAUAAGGAAGCUACGCAACGUUGGACCCAAAACCACCAACAAAUCACGCGGAAAACGACGUUCGCAUAGGAAGGUCACCAAAUUAGUUCUCACCGUAAUAACCGUAUACAUCCUCUGCUGGUUACCCUACUGGAUUUCCCAGGUAGCGCUAAUAACCUCCCCGGCCGAAUCCUGCCAAACGCGUCUAGAUAUCAUUCUAUUCCUGCUGGUAGGGUGCCUUGGUUACAUCAAUUCGGCCAUCAACCCAAUUCUCUACGCGUACCUUAGCGAAAAUUUUAAGAAGAGCUUUAUGAAAGCUUGUACCUGCGCCGCCCGGGCUGAAGUGAAUGCCCAGCUAAAACUCGAAAACAGUGUCAUGCCCAAGCGGUCCAGAACCCGCACUAAUUCGGACACAACACAACUGACAACAUCGAAGGUGCAACAUCGACUGUUAAUCGAUCCGACCACGACUGGCACCACAACGACGACCGCAGCGUCUACUGUGUCCUCGCGGAAUCCUAGCCCACCGAUUCAGAGGAGCUUAAUGCAUAAUAAUAAUAAUAACAACAACAACGGCUGCGGCAACCACAGCUCUAGCGCGAGUAAUAGUGGGAACAAUGCAAAGAACUGCAACAACGAGCAACGGCCGGGAGUGGCCACCACCCAUAAUUACAGCAGCAUUAAUAAUAGGAACUCGACGGCAUCUAAUGCCAACAGUAGUCUAGGUGAGUUAGUGCAAUUGUCCUAAAUCGGAUACGUGUCGGAGUCUUAUGUUACUGUUACAACCAAUUGGCUAGGGAAAUAAAUUGUAAAAUAUGUCAGAAAAUGUGGCAAACAAAGUGAGAUACAAAACGAUGUAAUUAAGAUCAAAAUUAUUGUAAUAAAAUGAUACAUUAUUACGGGGCCUGGCCACGCGUUUAUGUGUGGAAUGUGAAUUUUA